GGGAGCUUAGCAGCAGCCGCUCCUUUUCCUCCUCCUCCUUCUCCUCCUCCUGCUGCUGCUGCUGGCGGACGUCCGGCAGCCGCCAUGGCGCUGGCAGAGGCGGGUGUCCGCGGGCGGCUGCUGCUCUGGCCCCGCAUCGUCCUUUUUGGAGACUCCAUCACUGAGUUUUCCUUCCAGGAACACGGCUGGGGAGCAUUCCUUGCUGAGAGACUUGUCAGAAAAUGUGAUGUUGUAAAUCGUGGACUCUCGGGGUACAAUACCAGGUGGGCUAAAGUAAUCCUUCCAAGACUGAUCAGUAAAAAUUCUGGUGCUGAGAGUACUGUUGCAGUUACUAUUUUCUUUGGAGCUAAUGACAGCGCUUUGAAAGAUCUGAACCCUAAGCAACACGUUCCUUUGGAGGAAUACGCUGAGAACUUAAAGAGCAUGGUGCAGUAUCUGAAGUCCAUAGACAUUGCUGAGGACAGGAUUAUUCUGAUAACGCCGCCCCCUCUUCAGGAGUCAGCUUGGGAAAAGGAGUGCCUUGCCAAAGGGGACAAACUAAAUCGCCGCAAUGCCACCACGGGAGAGUACGCCCAGGCCUGUGUGCAGGUAGCCAGGGACUGCGGGACUGACGUGCUUGACCUGUGGACACUGAUGCAAAAAAAUCAGGAUUUCUCUUCCUAUUUGUCUGACGGGCUUCACCUGUCAGCCGAAGGAAACAGCUUUCUAGCGGCGCAGCUUUGGAAACGCCUGGAAAAAAACCUGUCUGCCCUGCCCUCGUUGCUUCCUUACUGGCGGGAGGUGGACCACCUGCACCCCGAGGCCAGUCUGCUGUGAGGACGGGAUGCAGGAGCGAGCCGAAGGAGCCAAGCCUGCCCGACAGAGCAAGCCUGCUGACGGACAGCCGGUACCCGCAGCGUGCUGCAAAUGUAAGAAUAAAGAUGAGACCAGGG